AUGCGCAUGGGACGCGUUGGUAAUAGCAGCACCAACGCUCCUUCAUCACCACCCUCUCUGCCACCAUCCCACCCUCUCUGCCGCUCAUCCUUGCUUUCUGUGCCGCCCACCCAUGCUCUCUGCUUGCGUGGCUGCAUGCAGAGGCUGCUCGACCGCACCCCCUCCGGCCACUUAACUCCCUCUGUGCCCUCUUCCUCAUCUCCUCCCACCCUCUCCUCUUCCUCAUCUCCUCCCACCCUCUCCUCUUCCUCAUCCUCUCUCCUCCCACCCUCUCCUCUUCCUCAUCUCCUCCCACCCUCUCCUCUUCCUCAUCUCCUCCCACCCUCUCCUCUUCCUCAUCUCCUCCCACCCUCUCCUCUUCCUCAUCUCCUCCCACCCUCUCCUCUUCCUCAUCUCCUCCCACCCUCUCCUCUUCCUCAUCUCCUCCCACCCUCUCCUCUUCCUCAUCUCCUCCCACCCUCUCCUCUUCCUCAUCUCCUCCCACCCUCUCCUCUUCCUCAUCUCCUCCCACCCUCUCCUCUUCCUCAUCUCCUCCCACCCUCUCCUCUUCCUCAUCUCCUCCCACCCUCUCCUCUUCCUCAUCUCCUCCCCCACCCUCUCCUCUUCCUCAUCUCCUCCCACCCUCUCCUCUUCCUCAUCUCCUCCCACCCUCUCCUCUUCCUCAUCUCCUCCCACCCUCUCCUCUUCCUCAUCUCCUCCCACCCUCUCCUCUUCCUCAUCUCCUCCCACCCUCUCCUCUUCCUCAUCUCCUCCCACCCUCUCCUCUUCCUCAUCUCCUCCCACCCUCUCCUCUUCCUCAUCUCCUCCCACCCUCUCCUCUUCCUCAUCUCCUCCCACCCUCUCCUCUUCCUCAUCUCCUCCCACCCUCUCCUCUUCCUCAUCUCCUCCCACCCUCUCCUCUUCCUCAUCUCCUCCCACCCUCUCCUCUUCCUCAUCUCCUCCCACCCUCUCCUCUUCCUCAUCUCCUCCCACCCUCUCCUCUUCCUCAUCUCCUUCCACCCUCUCCUCUUCCUCAUCUCCUCCCACCCUCUCCUUUUCCUCAUCUCCUCCCACCCUCUCCUCUUCCUCAUCUCCUCCCACCCUCUCCUCUUCCUCAUCUCCUCCCACCCUCUCCUCUUCUCCAUCCGUCCCCUCCCCUCCCCUCCCCUCCCCUCCCCUCCCCUCCCCUCCCCUCCCCUCCCCUCCCCUCCCCUCCCCUCCCCUCCCCUCCCCUCCCCUCCCCUCCCCUCCCCUCCCCUCCCCUCCCCUCCCCUCCCCUCCCCUCCCCUCCCCUCCCCUCCCCUCCCCUCCCCUCCCCUCCCCUCCCCUCCCCUCCCCUCCCCUCCCCUCCCCUCCCCUCCCCUCCCCUCCCCUCCCCUCCCCUCUCCUCUCCUCUCUUCUGCUACAACCACCCUCUGUGGACCCCUCCCAAUGUGUUUUCCUGCAAACCACCUCCCUCCAAUUCCUUUAAACCCCUUCCCUCCCACCACCGCCCAUCCCGUCUCCAUCCCUUCUUCAUCCCCUCUCCAUCCCCUCCAUCCCCUCUCCAUUCCCAAUCAGACGUGGUGCGACCUCUGGCAGCCGGCGCUGCGCGGACAGGUGGCAGUCAUUGAUUCGCCGAGAGAGCUGCUGGCUGUGACGAUGAAACUUGUGAGGUGCCUCAACAGUGGGAAUGGAGGGUCAUGGAGGGGGGAAGAGGGAAGAGAUAGUGGACGCAUGCUGUUGGCGCUGCUGACGCUCUUGCCACUCACAGCCAUGCGUUCUGCCUCCUCCUCUCACCCUCCUCUCUCCCUCCUCACCCCCUCCUCACCCCCUCCUCACCCCCUCCUCACCCCCUCCUCUCCCCCUCCUCAACCCCCCUCUCCCCUCCUCUCCCCUCCUCUCCCCCUCCUCCCCCUCCUCUCCCCCUCCUCACCCCCUCCUCUCCCCCUCCUCACCCCCUCCUCUCCCCCUCCUCUCCCCAUCCUCACCCCCUCCUCUCCCCCUCCGCCCUGCACAAGUCGCCAGCAGACUCGCACGUUUGUUUGA